CAACUUCCCCGUCGUGACAUAGUUUCGCGCGGAGCUACGCGGACCUUUCAGGGACGUGCGUCAGCGGGCUUCGAAAUGGAUCCAGAACAGGACAUGCUUCACGAAAAUUUGGCAUCCUGCCACCUCACGCUACUUGCGCUGCUGGUUUGCGGCGGCGUCGUCCUGCGAUGCCUCUCGAUCGAGCCAGAGGAAGACGCGUCCAAUCGUGUCGAAGAUCAAGACGCCGAAGACCCCGUGGAGACCGUGGUAGUAAAGACGGCUUGGGGUCCGGUGAAGGGUUUUAUCGCGCAAUCGCCUCUCGGCAAAACAGUUCGCGUCUUCUACGGAAUACCGUACGCGAAGCCUCCGACCGGUAAACGCAGGUUCGACCGCGCCGAAAGUAUUGAAGAACCGUGGACGGACGUCCUCGACGCCACGGUGAAGCCCAACUCUUGCUUCCAAGUGUUGGACACCCUAUACGGGAACUUCAGCGGAAGCACCAUGUGGAACGCCAACACGGAAAUGAGUGAGGACUGUCUCAAGCUCAACGUCUGGGCGCCCGGUCCACCCACUUCGUCCGGGGGACGUCCCCUCGCCGUCCUCGUCUGGAUUUACGGCGGUGGCUUCUACAGUGGCACUUCGACGCUGGACGUGUAUGACGCCCGAACGCUGGUCUCGGAGGAAAACGUCGUCGUGGUCUCGAUGAACUACCGCGUCGCGUCCCUCGGGUUCCUGUCCUUCGGCAACGAGGCGCUGCCUGGAAAUGCCGGACUAUACGACCAGUACAUGGCCCUCAAGUGGGUCCAAGGGAACGUGGCGGCCUUCGGUGGCGACCCGGAUCGAGUGACUCUCUUCGGCGAAAGCGCCGGCGCCACCAGUGCAGGCCUGCACGUCCUGUCACCGCUCUCAGAGUCUCUAUUUCACAGGGUCAUACUUCAAAGCGGGUCUCCAGCAGUGCCUUGGGGUUUCCAGGACAGGGACAAAGCUCGGCAAUCGGCUAAAAAAUUGGCUACAGCUUUGCGGGCCCCGGACAGCUUGGAUCAAGAGACGCUGGAUAGCCUCCGCUGUGAGCGGCCCGAAGACAUAGUGAACAAUGAAACGAACAGCGGAGGAGUGGUAGACUUUCCGUUCGUUCCCGUUGUGGAUGGCGUCUUCCUACCAGAUACGCCUCAGGCACUUACGGACAGGGGUUCAUUCGCUAGAAACAUCAGCGUGAUGCUUGGUUCUAACGCAAACGAAGGUUCCUGGUUCUUGCAAUACUUCUUCGGAUUUCCAGUGACAGAUGAGACCCCAGAAGUCACGAAAGAAAACUUCACGGCCGUUUUGGAGGCUUUGGAUCCGUCUCUAGAACAAACGCCUAUCGCCGAGAUUGUGAAAACGUACACGGCCGGCGAGAUACCGUCGGCGGCAGCGGAUAUCUUGAAGGCCCUGGACUCGAUCGUAGGUGACUAUCACUUCACGUGUCCUGUUGUGCGGUGGGCAGACACCUUUGCGCGUGCUGGGAUUCCGGUGUACCAGUACGUGUUCGCGCGCAGGUCUUCGCAGAACCCUUGGCCCCAAUGGACGGGCGUGAUUCACGGUGAGGAGGUGCCGUUCGUGUUCGGUGAGCCGCUGAACGACACGUACUGCUACAGUGAAGAGGACAAGACAUUGAGCCGUCGAAUCAUGCGGUACUGGGCCAACUUCGCCAAGACCGGGAACCCCAACCUGCCAGAAGACGGAUCACCUGGAUCAACUAUCCAUUGGCCCCAGCGCACGGAUUCGCUCAAGCGACACCUGGUGCUGGACGUGAACGAAAGCGUGGGGUGGGCGCAUCGUCAGGCCUACUGCGAUUUCUGGGAGGAUGUACGACGCAACAGAACCCCUCCAGUCCCGUCGUGCUGAGAAUACUGUGGGAGCUCGUAUUCAUCGAAGCAGCCAGCUCUCCCCGAGUUAAAAAAAAAAAUAUGCGUUUGUAUAUAUUCAAGCUCAUUGGCAUAGCCAAGGAGAUUAAACCCCUCCCCCGAAAAUGUUCUAUAUUUCUUGCGUAUAUACACACACACAUAGAAACGCACGCACAAACAUAAUAAAGUAUGGUUGGCCCCCCAACCCCCGGAAACAAAUUCUGGUUAUGCCCCUGUCCACGCCACGCCAAUUAGAGAUACAC